GUUCCACCACAGCUGCUGUUUACAUUCGCUCUCGUAACGCAACAACCAACAGCGGAAUUUCACUUGCAAAGUGAAAAGUUAAAUAAUUUCCCUACCGUCAGCCGGCGUGUUACUGGCCAUGCUUGGGCAGCUGGUACGCCGGGGCAGCCGGUAUCCCCGGUGCGUGUACGCCGUCCAUACACGCACAAUCAAAGUGGACAGUUCAACCAAGCUCGGGUUCCCGUGCGCUUACACCGACGAGGAAACGAGGAAAAUUCUCAACACACUCAACGAACAGGACGUGGAGGAGCUGUACAAGUAUAACAUCUCCAAGUACCGGCUGAAGAAGAUCGAAGGAUGGCGCAAAAAGUUCGGCACCUUUCUCUCCCUGGAGCAGGUGCUCGAGCUGGACGGGUUCGGCGUGACGGUGUUGCGCAAAUUUUACGACUCCAUCGUGCACGGCCCAAAGGAGGACGCCGUGGUGGCGCCGAAGGCCAUCAAAAAGGACGUUAAGUUCACGACGCCCCUGCUGAGCGCACAGAUGGUGCCGAAAAUCAACAGCUGCGUGUCGCUGUACGUCGGGCUGGACUACGUGACCUGGGCCCACUUCAAGCUGGCGAAGGAGCAGCCCACCGCACUGGCCGGUUGGAACAGUUACAACAUCAGCGAUCGCAAGCUGCACAUCAACGAGCUGAUCCGCAAUGUGUCGCAAAUCAAUCGCCUCAUCCCGGAGGCGGACGUGUACGUGGUGGAAAACCCACCGGUCGCGCAAGCCUCCGCCAUGGGCUCGGCCGUACAGACCAACAUCAACGUGCAGCGCUCGCAGCUGAUCGGUAUGCUGAUGCUUAUGCUGGCCAACAGGCCGUCUCCGUUUACGGACAGUGGCGCCAAUCAGCCGCCCGAUGGAACCGUCAGCAGCAACGUGUUCUUCCUCAAGCAGUACCUCUCCGCCCGGCUGUUCGGUAUCUUCGUCGGCAACGAGCGGGUAUCGUCGGAGGAGGUGAUCCGCUCGAUCAUGGAACGGCAGCUCGCACCGAACGAGGAAGUGCUGGAAUCGAUCCAAUCCCGGCUCGUCAUACCGUCCGGGCUGAAGAUUAUCUACGAAGAGAACGACAGUGCGGAGCGCGAGUUUCUCGGCCAGUCGCUGCUGCUCGGGCUUACCUUUCUGCGACUGUGCAUAUUCAAGUGCGAGGACAGUUUGAAAAUAUUUAGAAGAUAAACCCUUAACGCGUGCCCCCGCGUGUGAUAGUGCGAUGUGGUAGAGGAAGAUAGAGAGGCAUAAAAUGUAUUCAAAUCAAACGCAAACACACUUGGAUCGU